CUUCCUUCCAGCCAUGGAGGAGGAGGAGGAGGAGGACGUCCUUUCCCCUCGCCGGAACCGGAGGCUGGGCGCGGCUUCUGACGGCAAACAGCGAGCCCUAUCGGGCCAGGAAGGGCCGGAGGUCGGGGCGUGCUGUCGAUGUAGUCUGGCCUUCCCGCGGAGGUCGCCUCCUUCAUCCGCGAAGAGGGCAGGCAGGCGCGGGCUGUGGAGGGCGAGGGGGCCCGUGGGGCUGCCCGGCUGGAAUGGCGACCGGCUGGUGGCUCUGUCGACGCGCCCUCCACCCGCGGGCGCUCCUCGUUAACCGCUGCGUUCAGCUUCCUCUUAUUGUCCAUGAGCUCUUCUUUAAGAAAUUAAAUUUUGGUAUGUUUGUUGGUUUGCCGGAAUUGAGAAACAAAAUCUCACUUGCAGAGCAGUCAUACAGCAGCUGGCAAACAACAGUGGAUCCGAAGGAGAUGAAAAAAUUCCAACUCCUGGCACAUAAAUGGUGGGAUGAGGAUGGACAAUAUGCAGCUCUUCACUCUAUGAAUGAUAUUAGAGUACCCUUCAUUAGAGAUACCAUUUUGAAUAUGAAAAAUGACCAUCAGCUAGGAAGCCCUCUCUCUGGCAUGAAUAUUCUGGAUGUUGGCUGUGGUGGUGGACUUCUUACUGAGCCCCUAGGUAGACUUGGAGCUUCUGUAACUGGAAUUGAUCCUCUGGAAGAAAACAUUAGAACAGCAGAACUGCAUACAUCCUUUGAUCCUGCCUUAGCAAAGAGAAUCCAGUACAGAUCCUGUGCACUGGAGGAUAUUGUGGAAGAGGCAUCGGAAACAUUUGAUAUUGUUGUAGCUUCUGAAGUAAUAGAACAUGUGGCUGAUGUUGAAACAUUCAUCAGGUGCUGUGGGAAAGUGUUAAAACCUGAAGGUUCUCUGUUUGUCACUACAAUCAACAAGUCACAGCUGUCCUAUAUUUUUGGCAUUGUGGUUGCUGAGAGUGUACUGGGCAUUGUUCCAGCAGGCACCCAUGACUGGGAGAAGUUCAUAGCACCUGAAGAGCUAGAGCGCCUCUUAGAAUCAAAUGGCUUUUCAGUCAAGACAGUGAAAGGAAUGUUAUACAACCCUCUCUCUGGGUCUUGGACAUGGAUUGGAAAUACUGUCAUUAAUUAUGCACUCCAUGCUGUGAAAACAAAUAUACAAGAACAGCUAGAUCCGACGGAAGCCAUUCUAGAGACGGGCAAAGAGGAACUCCAACCAGAAACUAGCAUCAAAAGUGCUAUUUAGGAUGAUGAUGGCGAGAGGGUGGGAGAAAGUUGCAUGAACAGCUGUAAUGAACCAUUAAGGAACAAGCAAUCUGAUGUCACAUUGCUAGAUGAUGCUAUAUGUCUCUGGGGGUCUCACAUGGUAAAAGAAUGAUUGAUUCUUUACAUCAGUAGUUUUAAAAACUCAAAAAAUGAGCUAUCUUGAGUAAGAAGCAAUUGUGUACGUUAAAAAAAAGAUUUAAGGAUUGCAAGUUACUGGGAAUGGCACGGUCCUUCAUGAAAUAUUUCUUAAAAUACAUGUCUCUUAAGUUUCCAAAGGAUAGUUAUUUUCAUCAGGGUUUAAUAUUGUUUUCUUGAAGGUUUUUAAUAUUCCUAUUAAAAAUCAUUCUAUUUGUAAAGUAGCUGAAUUCAUUUUGUAUUCAGAUUCAGCAGCAGACCUAUUCUAAAAUUCCUAAAACACACAUACUUGAUUAUUUCUUGCUUGUUUGGAGUAAAUAUGUAUUUCAGCUGUGGUAUUAUAGCAGUGAUUUAUUUAUUUAUUUAUUUAUUUAUUGGAUUUCUAUCCCGCCCAUCUAGACCAAAGGUCUACUCUGGGCGGUUUGCAGGCAACAUGUGCUAACAUCUGUUUUUUCAGCAUCACAGCCUCUGACAGAUUUACCACCAGGUUUUGAAAAAUAAAGGACAUUAUUUCCUUCAUUGAGGCAACCCUC